CCGUAAAGCGUCGUGUUUUGGACUGGAGGAGGUCAUUAGAAAGUGAGCAGCAGGCUGUCCGGGCUCCGGUGGAAAAGAUAUUUAUUUGACAGCUCUGUAUAGUUUUAAAUCAGCUGCGAGAUGCUGCGUCUCAUCCUGCGGCUCAGGCCGUCCGCCGGACUCCCCAGUCCCCGUGUCCUCCCGGCCGGGCCUGGCGCCGCCGCCGUUGCGCUUGGCUCCAGCUCCCGCUCUGUGCCCGGAACCGGCUGCCUACGGCGGCUCCACGGCGGGGCCGGGUCCCGGGCCGUGAUCUUGGGCUCCGGCUUCAGCCACAGACGGGCUCUGCUGCGGUGUCCCCAGCUUUCAGGCGGCGAUAACAGCACCCGUUUCUACAGCCUGCCUCCCCACCAGAAGGUGGAGCUGCCUGCGCUGUCGCCCACCAUGCAGACUGGAACCAUCGCUCGCUGGGAGAAGAAGGAAGGAGAAAAAAUCAGCGAGGGCGAACUUAUAGCUGAGGUGGAGACUGAUAAGGCCACUGUAGGGUUUGAGAUGCUGGAGGAGUGCUAUCUGGCUAAGAUUCUUGUUCCUGAAGGGACCAGAGAUGUCAACAUUGGAUCAGUAAUCUGCAUCACAGUUGACAGUCCUGACCUCAUUGCAGCUUUUAAGGACGUAACGUUGGACUCUCUUAAAGCAGCUGGUGCAGCCCCGUCCUCAGCUGCCUCUGUUUCUCCUCCUCCUCCCGCUGCUGCUGCUCCUCCCGCAGCCCCAGGAAGCUCUUACCCCUCACACAUGAAGAUCACACUUCCUGCCCUCUCUCCCACCAUGACGAUGGGAACAGUGCAGCGCUGGGAGAAGAAGGUCGGAGAGAAGCUGAGUGAGGGAGAUCUGCUGGCCGAAAUCGAGACUGACAAGGCAACCAUUGGCUUUGAGGUGCAGGAGGAGGGAUACUUGGCCAAAAUCAUGGUGGCAGAGGGAACACGUGACGUCCCCCUGGGAACACCGCUCUGCAUCAUUGUAGAGAAAGAAAGUGACAUCGUUGCCUUCAAGGAUUAUGUAGAGACUGGUGUGGCAGAGGUUUCUACACCUCCUCCAGCUCCAGCACCAGUAGCGGCUGCACCUGCUGCUGCGCCCACUCCUGCUCCAGCAGCCGCUGCCCCAGCCGGACCCAGGAAGGGGCGUGUGUUCAUCAGCCCUCUGGCCAAGAAACUUGCUGCUGAAAAAGGAAUUGACCUGGCGCAGGUUAGCGGUUCUGGUCCUGAUGGACGCAUUACCAAAAAAGACAUUGAGAGCUUUGUUCCAUCAAAGGUUGCUCCUCAGGCUGUAGCUGCUGCUCCCACUCCAGCUGCAGCUGCUCCUGCACCUGCUGCAGCUGCUGCAGCACCAGCUGGGACCUUCACUGACAUCCCUAUCAGCAAUAUCCGCAAGGUCAUCGCUCAGAGGUUGAUGCAGUCUAAGCAAACUAUCCCCCACUAUUAUCUGUCUGUAGACGUCAACAUGGACCAAGUGCUGGAGCUUCGGAAAGAACUCAAUGCUGAGGUGAAAGCCCAGAAUAUCAAGCUUAGUGUGAAUGACUUCAUCAUCAAAGCCAGUGCUCUGGCCUGCCUCAAGGUUCCUGAGGCCAACUCCUCUUGGUUGGACACGGUUAUUCGCCAGAAUCAUGUGGUGGAUGUGAGCGUAGCAGUGAGCACAGCCAGUGGUCUCAUCACACCCAUAGUGUUUAACGCUCACACCAAAGGACUGGUCGGCAUCAGCUCUGACGUGUCAGCUCUCGCUGCCAAAGCAAGAGACGGCAAACUGCAGCCACAUGAGUUCCAGGGAGGCACGUUCACCAUCUCUAAUUUGGGGAUGUUUGGCGUCAAGAACUUCUCAGCGAUAAUCAACCCUCCUCAGGCCUGUAUCCUCGCCGUUGGAGGCUCAGAGAAACGGCUGUUGCCUGCUGAUAAUGAGAAAGGAUUUGACGUAGCCAGUAUGAUGUCUGUGACACUGAGCUGUGAUCACCGGGUGGUGGACGGGGCAGUCGGCGCUCAGUGGCUCGUUGAGUUCCGCAAGUUCCUGGAGAAGCCCGUCACCAUGCUGUUGUGAUCGGACUUUACUAUCAUUAAACUGCAGCAACUGGCCAAGGCCUUUCACUGAAGUCAUCUGAUUGGUCUAAACCGGUCUUAUCCUACUGUGAUUGGCCAGCCUGUCACCAGGUCACUCCCAGUUAUCCUGAGGGGGAAGAGGCAGAACUCACUCCGCUUACCUGUCUGUCUCGCUGUUUCUCCCAUCUAUCUUUAUCUCCUCUCGUUCUCUCACUCAUAUUCUAUUUAUUGAGGCCCCAUCUCACGAGAGACCAGAAUUAGAUAUAAUUUAUCCUAGAAUAGAGACUGGCCAUAAGUCACUAAAACAUUGCUAAUGUUUUACAAAGGGAAGUGUUACAUGUCCAACCAAGCGAACAUAUGUAUCCCCAAAAUUUGUGUGUGUGUGUGCUUCUACACACUUUUAUGUGAUUUUUGUGUGAAUGUGAUAAAGAUGACGGGAAGUGGGGCUAUCUGUGGGUUCGUCUUUUGAGUAAAGGCUUGUGAUUUUUGUCUGCUUGCAGGCAAGACAAGGACAAAUGUAUGUUAACUUGGAGACACAAUGAAUCCAGAUCUACACACUCAAACCUGUUCCUGAGAAGUGAUCAUGUGUACACACACACACAACCAAAAUAUUUAGUGUGUUUUUUGUGGGUUGAUACUACAGAGUGUAUAUUCUUCACUGUGGGAUAAACACAGAGUUGUGUACAUGGUGGUUGAGCCCUGAAUGAUAACAAAGAAUCUUAAAAAAAGUACUGAGCAGUUUUGCCAAUUCUCUCUCUUCUCUUCUGUGGGGAUGUAUAUUUUGUAGUCUGAGUAAAACACUCACCCUGGAAAUAUUCUGUAUUUCACAGCUGAAACGCACAAAAAAUGGUGCUGGAUAUUAUUUGUUAUUUGAAUAAAUUGGGAGAAGUCAACAUUGUGCCAAAGGAUCUUUGGUUUGGGAUUUUAUAACUAGACCUGAGGUAAAAACCCAAAUUUAAACGGUUAACAACAUUUAUUUAUAAUAUGAAGACAAAAAUACUUUCAAAGUGUUUAAAAAGAUGUUACUGACUUUUUUUUAAUUAAGUCUUAAUCUGCACUCAACCUUUUUCCUGUAAUGGAGCCAUUUCUACACAUCUCUUUUUCCCAAUAAAUAUCUUGGUCAGCUUCAUGUAGGCCAGUGUGUGUGUGCACUAAAACAUAACACACACACAUUCAUGAAAAUAAAAAAUCCACAGUACGUGCAAACAGGUUCA